AUGGAGAUAUCCGAUAUCUGGGGAUUCGUGAAGAGACAUCGAGGAAAGAUUGCUGCUGCCACCACUGUUCUUGGAGGUAUUUACGCUGCAAAGAAGGUCCUGGAAAGCGAACAGGUUAGACCUUAUGUGCAGGAAGGGUGGCCAUUUGUAAAAGGAAAUGGAACGGAAUCAAAAGAAGAAGAUGGCUUCAGACUCUUACAGGUUGGUCAUAUUUCAUGGUAUUUUAGUUAUAAAUUAAUUAUUUUCAGUCAAGAAAGGCCUUUAUAUUUGACUGCCAUCAACAAAGUAGUGACAAAGAGAUUGCCGAGACAGUAACUGAUAUGAUUUCGGCGAUAAACAACAGAUUCAACACAGAUUCUCUGGUGCAUAGACUGCGAACAGAAGAAGGCAUUGAACAAGUUGAGAAAGUUGCUAUAUGGGAAGACAUAAAGGUACAUCGAUAAGCUUUUAUUAUUUACAGGGUCUUUCAAGAAAUGUGCAGGAAAGUAGGAGGCUAUAACUUUCGGCGUAGGCGGCGCAGAGAGUUCGUUUUUGGAAUAUGUAUUUUUCAGUGACAUUAUUUUUUGCCUACGAAAUAACAAGCUUUUAGAGUGCAAACUGAGGUCACUACGACCUUCUGAAGUAAAGGCAUCUCUACCCCGAAAACCAGGGUUUUUCGGUUGAAAAUGAUCGAGAAAUUUCGGUCUUUUUCGGUUGAAAAUCACCAAGAAAUGUCGGAUUUUUUCAGGGGUUCCGAUAGAGUUGACGUUGAAAAAAGGGAACGAUGUUGCCAACACGUUGGAAAUUUAGCAAAUAUUCGGCUAGCCUCAACUUGGGGCAGAUUUCGAGUUUAUUUUUCGGUAUCUUCCGCGAAGAAGCGUGACAUCAUUUAGGGAUUUGAGGAACCUGGAAUCGGCUAGCCAAGGCACCAGAAUGGCUGUGAAGUCUUAUAAAAACUAGUCAAAGGGUGUAAUGGGCGUCAAAGGGCAGGAAUGACAACAAAACUUUUAAACUGCUAACAAAAACUGGUUGGCUAGCCAAAGUGUCAGAAUGAAGAGCAGCCGAAUAUUUGCUUAAUUUUCAACGUAUUGGCAAUUCCCUUCCCUGUUUUCAACGUCAGCUCUAUCGAAACCCCCCAAGAAACCCGACAUUUCUCGGUGAUUUUCGACCGAAAAACUCUGAGAUUUCUCGAUCAUUUUCAACCGAAAAACCCUGGUAUUCGGGGUAGAGAUGCCUUUACUUCAGAAGGUCGUAGUGACCUCAGUUUGCACUCUAAAAGCUUGUUAUUUCGUAGACAAAAAAUAAUGUCACUGAAAAAUACAUAUUCCAAAAACGAACUCUCUGCGCCGCCUCCGCCGAAAGUUAUAGCCUCCUACUUUCCUGCACAUUUCUUGAAAGACCCUGUAUUUUCAAUUUAGAUUAAGACAAUUGCACGAAUCGUUGCCUUGGCCUAUUGCCAUUCGUUGAUUCUGAUGGUUCUGAAGACUCAGAAGUCAAUUUUGUGCAGAGAAGCAAUCAGAAAUUUAGAGGGGUCAAUGAAACCGAAGAGUGGACUGUAAGGACACUUUCAUUAGAUGAACCUCAUUUUUAUGUUCGAUGUGAUGCAUUUCUUUUCAGGGUUGAUUACGUCUCUGCUUUCUUCUGGGAACCAGCCAAUGGCCCAUCUCAAGUCUUCACAGACCCUAAAGCUCAAGAAGUCUUUCUCCAUUGUAUUCAGUAUCUUACUUGUAAUGGAUUAUCCGAUCUGUUUAAUAGAAUUGAGAAUAUCACAGAGAAGAGAUUAGGACAAGUAUCGUUGGCCAAAGAAUUCAAUUGUUCUAGUCUUUUGGUGUUGCUGGAGAAGAUCAAAUUUGAUUUGGAUAACUCGGCUGGCCAGUCCAAUUAUGCAGAGUUUGUGGUUCCAAUUUCUAGGGUAAGUGUGUUAACGAAAUUAAUUUAAAGUAAUAUGUUUUUUUAUUUGCUAUGUCUUUUAUUUCCAGACCCGUGCUCCAAGUUCCUCCGCCUAUAAUUCGGCCCAUCUGGAGGAAUUGUUGACCCGGCUGACAGAUUCUUUCCAAACCAGCCAAGCCCGUUCACUCAUCUCUUCCUUUGUCAAGAAAUAUCUCUGCGAAUCCAUUGAGUUCCUCGAUCAGAACCUCGAAACGGUCAAACCAGUUCCAUUGGCCAAGCUUUUACCAACUUUGAGUGAUGGAUUCCCCAAAUUGGCCAGUGCUGGAUUUGACUCUGUAUUACAACGAAAUCUGGCCGAUCCAGAUCUUUAUAAAUAUUGCCAAACCGUUUGUUAUCAAUAA